CGACAUAAAACGUUCACUACUCGACCAGCUUGAACCAGAUUUAAAAAGGGAAUAAUUCUUGACGUAAAUGAAUAAAAUUAUGGCUCUGCGCAUUUAUUUUAUAGCGUGUAUGCUCAUCGUCGCAGCGAGCAGCCAGCAGACGGUAUCAACAUCGGCUGAGGUGGUGAGCAACUGUACAAUAGAAAACGAGAUAGCGGCGGAACAAUGCUCGCGAUCCUUGGACACCGUAUUCCGGGCGCACACCGAACCAAUGAUAAUUGUCGAUACAUCCUUCGCCGCUGGACUUACCCUCAACGAGACCACUGCUGCAACUAUAACUGACUUUUUAUGCGGACCGUUGGCAGAUGCUCUCACCUGUGUUGGACAAGGGCCGCCUCAAUGUCCUAUUCCACGGCCAUGGAACUGGCGCGUAUUCUGGCCGCAGGUCAAUGUCAGCGACAUUGUCCGCCGCACGUGCCGUAUUCCGGACCUCGGCCAACACCUAUAAUCCGCACUUUCACCUGCAAGAAAGCACUGAGCAACCUUCCCACGGUUAAAAACGAGUUGAUUGGGGCACUGGAAUCAUUUCCUGCACGGGGUCAUACUUACACUGCGGAUUUUCUGGAUUGGCAAUGCCGCCUGUCUGUAUUUGACAUCAUGGUGCACCGCUUACAGAUCGAUUGCAUCGGCGUUUAAUGAACAUUGUCACCCUGGACGUGCUCAAGGCAGCGUGUGGCGAGGAUGCCGGUGUCACCUAUGGUCCUAUACCACGUUAUUUCCGCUGGUGCAAGAAAUUCUUUACUGCCCUGGGAUCUGAUUAACGACUUGUGAAGUGUGAUACGGCUGUGGUCGGGCGCGCCACUUCCGAGUAUUUGAGAAUAGUAACCCAAAAAAAUAAAUAUGUGUUACACUCCAUCUUUUUAAUCCAACUUUUAACCAGCCGUGUCUGACUGCGCCGUAAGAAUUAUGGAU